AUGAAUGACAUGGAUCACCGCCGAAUUCUGCGCCAGAUCCAGACGGAGUGUCUGGAGGCUCAGAAACACCACUUCUAUAAAGACCUUACGGGCCACCUGAUCGUGCACGACGAAUUGGAUCAUCAUUACACAACUAUUAACCCACACCUUACACCGCGUGAAGAACUCGAUGUGGAGGGCGCUGAGGAGGAAGACCUUCUACAUGGAUGCUGCGAUACUGAUGAUAAUGAAAACGAAUAUGGCAACGACGACGACGACGGACUUGUUAUGGUGGUCCAGGCGCUGGAAGAACAGACCACUACCGCCGGACCUGACCAGGCCGCUCAGAACCCAGAUUCAACGUCUGAACCCGAACCGAGCGUACAGCCCGAAGGCACCUUCGCGACGGAGCGGGCAUCUGAACCUUUAUCUGGACCUCUCGAACCGGAGCCUGUGCUGGGACUUGGACCAGCAACGGAAUUCGGGACGGAGCGGGCAUCUGAACCGAAACAACAGCCUGUGCAACAUCCGGUUCAGGGGCUUGAACUAAACCCGGAGCAGGAAGCUGUCCAAGAACCUGAGCAAGACCCUCUCCAAGAGCAUCAGCCUGAGUCUGAGCACGAGCUGGUACAAGAGCUGGAGCUGCAGCAAAGGCAUGAGCCCGAGUCAGAGCACGACCGUGUGCAAGAGCUUGCGCAAGAGCCUGUGCUAGAGCACGAUGAACCUGAGCCUGAGCACGAGCCUGAGCACGAGCAUGAGCCUGAGCACGAGCACGAGCAAGAGCUGGAGCCAGAGCCUCUGCCGGAGCACGAGCCGGUACAAGAGCAUAAGCUGGAGCUGGAGCAAGAGCAUGAGCCCUGGUCUGAGCACGAGCGUGUGCCAGAGCUUGCGCAAGAGCCUGUGCUAGAGCAUGAUGAACUUGAGCACGAGCUUGAGCACGAGCUUGACCACGAGCUUGACCACGAGCUUAAACACGAGCUUGAGCACGAGCCUGAGCACGAGCCUGAGCACGAGCCUGAGCACGAGCCUGAGCACGAGCCGGUACAAGAUCAUGAGCUGGAGCUGGAGGAAGAGCAUGAGCCCGGGCCUGAGCACGACCGUGUGCGAGAGCUUGCGCAAGAGCAUGUGCUAGAGCAUGAUGAACCUGAGCUUGAGCACGAGCUUGAGCACGAGCUUGAGCACGAACCUGAGCACGAACCUGCGCACGAACCUGAGCCCGAGCCUGAGCACGAACCUGAGCACGAACCUGCGCACGAACCUGAGCACGAGCCUGAGCCCGAGCCUGAGCACGUGCCUGAGCACGAGCCUGAGCACGGGCCUGAGCCCGAGACGGUGCAAGAGCAUGAGCCUCUACCUGAGCACGAGCACGAGCAAGAGCCUGUACACGAACAUGAGCCUGAGGUUUCCUCCGACCGUGAGGCUAGCCCGCGUCCUGAGCCAAGCCUUGUUCCUGAGCUUAGUGGUUCUCCCGAGUCUUCCCCUAGGCCUUUCCCCGAGUCUGAAUCCGGACUGGAAUCUGGACUUGAAUCCGGACGCUCUGAGUCGAGAUCUAACUUGGGAGAGGCUUUGCUGAGAGAGGCUUCGCUGGGAGAGGCUUCGCUGGGAGAGGCUUCGCUGGGAGAGGCUUCGCUGGGCGAGGCUUCGCUGGGAGAGGCUUCGCUGGGAGAGGCUUCGCUGGGAGAGGCUUCGCCGGGAAAGGCUUCGCCGGGAGAGGCUUCGCCGGGAGAGGCUUCGCUGCGAGAGCCUUCUCUGGGAGAGGCUUCGCCGGGAAAGGCUUCGCUGGGGGAGGCUUCGCUGGGAGAGGCUUCGCCGGGGGAGCAAUUUGGGUAUGCGGUGGAGUACGCGCAGCCUGUGUCGCUGGUCUACACGGAUCCGUUCGCGAGUGGGUUGAUGAGCGGUUCGGACUGGUCGGAGGGAUCAAACCUACGGCUGCCGGAUACGGACUGCGAUUCGUACCACCGUCUGGACCACUCAGCCAUCCAUCCGCCGCACGUGGUGCUCGCGAGGAACGACUCGGAUGAAGAUGCAGACGAAGACGACUCCGUGGACCUGCUCCUUAAGUCCGUCGACUACACCACGCAGCCGGACGAUGAAUACGAACCAGGCAGCGAUCAGGGUGCCCCGGGCACGUUUUCGGGCGCUCACGGAGGCCUACAAGACGGGCUUGAGACUCCGCGCGCCGAUGAAAGAGACCUGCUUGAUACACCGCCGGAGGCCGCCGAAAGCCAAGCAGGAAGCGAGGCAGCGGAAAGCGAAGUAAACACCAGAGACCUGCUGGGUGGUGACGUAGAAGAGGGCGACAGGGAGGAGGGCGACGGGGCGGAGGGCGACGGCACUACGGAAGAAGUUUUGAAUGCGGACGGAGCGAAGAAUGCGGACGCAAUGGCGAGUGAGGACGCGUCGUGUGGUGAUGAAUGCUGCGGAAGUGGUUUGGAUGACGAUGAGGACGAUGAGGAGGGUGAGGGCCCUAUGACCGACGCGCGUGGUUCGUCGGUCGACAGAGAAAAUCCGAAAGGUGUCCAGGGCAGCCCCGAGGGAGGCAAUCCCGAAGGCCGUGAAAACAAGGAGGCAGGCAACGAGCCGGGUAGCGUAGGCAGGCAGGAGCAAAGUUCGGGCGGGCUUAAGACCGAGGAGGAUGAGAUGUCGUCGGACCUUUUGUCGCUGGCGUCGUCUACGCCGGGGCUGGCCGGAGCCGUAGCGCGUUUGCAUCGAGAAGGUUCGGAGGAGGCGCAGGGAUCAAGCCUGCGGGCGCCGCAUACGAACUCGUACCAACGUCUGGACCACUCGGCCAUCCUCCCGCCGCACGUGGUGCUGGCGAGGAACGGCUCGGAGGAGGCGGAAGACGGAAUCUCGACCCCGAAGGCGCACCUCGAGAUGUCGCGACACAACGACCGCGUCAGUGUCGUCAUCUCGACCGAAGUGAGUCCGCGCACGGCCGCCGAGCUCGCUGCUUCCACCGGCGAACGAGUUAGCCUCUUCGUUACCAAAGUCGCCGCUUCUUCUUGGAUCAGCCAGUGGCCACUGGAUAACGCUGGCCGACCCAAACUACCCGCCCAAAUAAUCGUUAAAAGGGCUCUCGAUAAAGCCACCUCGCACUGA